AUGCUCAGAUACACCGAACUCGACUGGGAAAACAGCGACUACGGCGUGUACGGCUACGUCCCCUCCGCCAGCAAGAACCUCGCUGCGCUGAUCGUCUUCGCGGUCGCAUGGGCCGCCCACGCCGUCCUCGGCGUGUUCUACCGCCAAUACUGGUUCGGCACCGCGUUCUUCAUCACCGCCGGCCUCGAGACCGGCGGGUACAUCGCGCGCUAUCUGUCGAGCCAGAACGUGAUGGAGCAGAUGAAUAACUUCAUCGUGCAGAUCGUGCUGCUUACCAUCGGGCCUGCGUUCUUCAUGGCCGGGAUCUAUUUCUUGCUUGCGGAGGUUAUCGUCAUCUGGGGAGUUCAGCGGUCUAGGCUUAUGCCGUGGACGUACUCGCAGAUUUUUAUCACCAUGGACGUCAUCAGUCUUGUUUUGCAGGCCGUCGGCGGAGGAAUGGCAGCAGUCGCAACCGAAGACGGCGACGACAACACAACAGGAACACACAUCAUGGUCGCCGGCCUCGCCUUCCAAGUCGCAGCGACCACCAUCUUCCUCCUCCUCUGCGCCGACUACUUCAUCCGCACCGUCAACUGGUACCGUCGCCGCAAUGCCGCGACAUCCAGCACAGACAGAGCAAGUAUCUCAUCCUCCUCCUCCGACGACGCGCCCGCACAGUUUGCACAUAUCCGCGAUUCACGCACAACGCAUCUCUUCCUCCUCGCGAUCCUCUUCGCCGUCAUGCUCGUCUACGUCCGCUCCAUCUACCGCGUCGCAGAGCUGUCGCAGGGGUGGUCCGGAUACCUGAUGGCGAGCGAGGGAUAUUUCCUGGUCCUCGACACGCUCAUGGUCGCUAUCGCAAUGACCGUCUCCUGGCUGUUUUAUCCGGCGGUCGUGCUCGGGAGGGUCAGCAUCUCAAAGAACUUAAAUAUCGAAAAAGAAGAGACGGCAGAUGAUCUUGAAAUGGCGUAG